AGAAGGGAAAAUCUCUUAAUCUCUUCUUUUGUUCUUUGAAAUUAAUUUUGAAGCUCAGCUCGAUCCAGUAUUGCAAAAGAUGGAAACGGAUCAAACUCAGCAAGUAACUUCAGCCUUAGAGUUCAUCAAGCAACAUUUGCUUGGCGAUCUUCUUUCACCUGUUGCUACCUCCUCCGCUUCUUUUUAUCAAUUUUCUACAAAUUCUGAAACCUCUACUUCCCUACAGUGUGAGACUACUAGCUGCUCAAGUUCUGACUUUUCCACGGCACUCCCUGAUUUUUCCGGUUCUCUAGAUCUUCUCGAGUUCACUUCCGUUUUGAGUCCCGCUCAAGAGAACAACACCAAUAUCUUCGAAUUUGAACCUAAACCUGAAAUCAUUGAUCUCUUUACGCCAACGCCACUCAACUCAACCUCCCACAUCAAUUUCCAAUCAAGCAGCAGCAGCAGCGGCAGCAGCGGCGGCAGUAACUUCUUCGAGUUUGAAUCCAAACCUCAAAUUCAUCAGAAUUUCAAAUUUGAGUCGAAACCACAAAUCGUUUCUCAGCGAGGCAACAGCUUCUUCUAUGAAGAACCAAAGCCUCAGGUUCAAACAGCUCGGAAACGCUCUUUGAAAAUAUCGCUGCCUAGCAAAAAACCCGAAUGGAUCCAGUUUUCUUCUAACCCAAACCCGCAAACGGUGGAGGAUAAUUCUGGUGUUGCUGCUCAAGAAGUAAGGCAUUACAGAGGAGUCCGACGCAGGCCAUGGGGCAAGUACGCAGCGGAGAUCCGGGACCCGAACCGGAGAGGUUCACGUGUGUGGCUAGGAACCUUCGAUACAGACCUUGAAGCCGCUAAAGCCUAUGAUCGAGCUGCCUUCAAGCUGCGUGGGUCGAAAGCGAUUCUCAAUUUCCCAUUAGAAGCCGGGAGGUGCGAGGAGGAAAGUGAAAGGAAAAGAAGUAGAGAGGGUGGCGUGGAAGAGAGAGAGGUUGUGAAGAGGGUAAUGACGGUGGUUAAGAGGGAGGAACCUGAAACUGAGGGGGAUAUCCCGUUGACGCCGUCAAGUUGGACGGCUGUUUGGGAUGGUGGUGAUACGAAGGAUGUCUUCAAUGUGCCCCCGUUGUCUCCGUUAUCUCCUCACCCGCCAUUGGGAUUCCCACAGCUAAUGGUUAUUUGAUUAGAAUUGAAGAGCCGUUUCUCUU